AUGGCCCAACAAGGGUCUGGGAAACCUUUUCGUCCCAUUGCCCCUAGGAGGAUACCAGAGCCUCCAACCCCGGCCGCUGCGCCCGAGGAGGGGAAAAUAAAGCGAGCUUCCACGGCUUGCGGGGAAUAUACAACAGGGACGCCGUGCGCUGAAUGUGCUCUCCACGACCGGGAGUGCGUGAUCGAUGAAUUCGCCGACAAACGACGCAAGGUAGCGGCCAAGCGUGCCCAGGAGGAUCUAAAAUAUUACCGUGGCUUUGUGGAACAACUUCUUGAGGCGCUGCGAUCUAGUGAUUGUGCCACCAUCGAUGGUAUUCUCGACGUCAUCCGGUCGGGCGCAACUCAUGAUGAAAUCCGGGCGGUUCUUGCUCGCUCCGCGCCGAAGGCUGAGAUUAAUAUCCCCGACGGAGUAGAUUCCGUGGUGACAGACGGCAACAACAGCCCGCCGGCGAGCUCCAAGCCGGAUGGCCUACCCGAAUGA